AUGAUUUGUGAGGAUAAGGAAUUUGACCCGACAUUGAAGGCCAUAAUCGCCAUUGCUGACCAAAAGCUACCCCGAAGCAAGACAAAGGGGAGAAAAAGAACAAAACCACCCAUCCAAAAUCAGAGAAGAAAAAUUGAAGCAGGAACUGGGGCAGCACCCACCAAAGAUGUUGUUCUCUAUGUCCCUCGGGGUCGCAAGGAAAAGCAGAUGACAUUGAGUCCCCCCAGGAUAUUUGAGCUGAAUGACCCAAAUGGCAAGGAAAUCUCAGGAGAGGUUCAAGAAAAUUACCCUGUGGAAAAGUACUCCAAUUUGGAAGAAGUGAACAACGCCACCAAGAAGCGUUUCCCAGUUGAAAAACCCGUGAGUGCCGAAGAGGCGGAAGCUUUCUUUCAAAAAAUGAAGAUGGCGGAUUAUGAAGUGGUUGACCAGCUUCGAAAGUUUCCUGAACAAGUCUUCUUGCUAUCUUUGUUGAUGAAAUCCCCCGAACACCAGAAGAUUUCAUUCAGCAAAAAUGACUUGCCACCGGAAGGGGCUGCACAUAACAAAGCACUGCACUUAACUGUCAAAUGUGAAGGGUACUACGUGAAAAGGGUUAUGGUGGACGGAGGCUCUGGGGUGGACAUCUGCCCGCUCUCAACACUACAGCGCAUGGAAAUUGGGACUGAAAGGAUUCGUCCCAACAAUGUUUGCGUACGAGCCUUCGAUGGUAUCAAAAGGGAUACGAUUAGAGAGAUUGAUCUAACUCUGACCAUUGGCCCGGUGGACUUUGAGGUGACUUUCCAAGUUCUAGACAUGGACACAUCCUACAACUUUAUCUUAGGGAGGCCAUGGAUCCACACAGUAGGGGCUGUACCUUCCACUCUUCAUCAGAUGGUAAAAUUUGAGCAUGAUGAUCAAGAAAUCGUGGUCCAUGGGGAGGACGAGCAAUCAAUUUAUCGAGACCCUUCAGUCCCAUGCCUUGAAGGGAGAGAAGGCAGCGAGCACAUAGUUUACCAGGCCUUUGAAGUUGUGGUGGCAGACCAGUACGACCUUUAUUCAGCUGGGAAAAUCUACAGAAGCGAUCUGCGUCUCGCAAAUGCGCGAUCGCACCUGCGACAAAACUUUCGCAGGUGCGGAAACUGGGCAGAUUUUGCAAAUCCAGUAGCUUUCCAACUGGAGCUUCUGGGGCCUGUUCCACUUGAUUCUUUGGCCUAA